AUUAUUUAAGCCGGGCCAAAGCCAACUGUUAAAACAAGUUUCGAAAUUCGAAUGCAUUCAACAACAGUACGUGCAAUUAAAGAAAGUGGCAAAUGACACAAUACGAUUUGCAUUUGGCAAUAGAGUGUCCAUCUUCCCAUAAAUAAAACCGAAAACUGGUCCACAUCCCGACCCAGAUGUGUGUAUAAAAGAGUCCGCCUGUUGAUCAGAUGGAACAAUAAACACCCACGAUGAAGUUCUUUGCACUCAGCGCUUUCCUGCUCCUUGCAAUUGUGGCAGUCCAAGGAAAUCCCGGUGGACACGGCGGGUUCGGAGGACCCGGUGGCCACGGAGGACGCGGUGGCUUUGGAGGACGCGGUGGCUUCGGAGGAACCGGUGGCUUCGGCGGACCCGGUGGCUUUGGAGGACCCGGUGGCUACGGCGGUGGCGGUGGAGGCGCAGUAGCUACUGCCAACGCUAAUGCAAACGCAAACGCGUUUGGAUAA